AUCAAUACCAUCAUGCCUCCUUUCACUGCCGCUAUGCUGAAUGCCACCCCCUCUCCAGAACCUGAGCCUGUGGCGCAAGGUCACCCUGAGGAUGCGCCUAUGGCUGACACUAGCGCUGAAUCCAAUACCAAUCGUCUCCUCAGCGCCUGGGCCUCUUCCUUGGUGUCAUUGGAAGCGUGUGUCAUGGCGGCGCCUGAUCUCAAGCCGGAGCUCCUCGAGGAUCAAGAGAUGUGGAUGCGUGAGUGGCAUUCUGUGCUCGCAACCUUGAACGGCUGUUCUGAGCGCACGGGUGUACUGGGCGUGGAGUUGGAUAUGGACGAAAAGGGCGUGGAGUUCCUGAAGCAGGGGCGCAAGGGUUGUAAAGAGAUUGAGGCGCUGGUGAAGGGAUGGAAGGCAAAGGCGAUUGAGACUGUUCCAGAGGCGCCUCCCAAGCGUGCUGCGCGCGCCACUGAUGCUACCGGUGCUGAGGCGCGCGCCACUGAUGCGUCUGGUACAGAUGUGGCCGAACAGCGCAAGGUUGGGCAUAUGUCUGUCAUCAAAGCGCCGCGUUGCACCAGCUGCGCCAACAAGGAUCAGGACUGCGGAGGCGCACCUGGCAGGCGGUGCCCUCCUUGUGAUGUUUCCAAGCGCGCGUGUUCCUUCUCUAAGCGCAAGACUUCAGACAGACCUAAGGUGCGUCCGCGCAAGCCGAUGCCUAAGCGCCCCAUGGCUGUUGAGUCUGCAAAGGUGACCGCUUCCUCUAUUGCGGUUGAAGAAGGAGAAGGGUCUGAAGGGUCUGGCAUGGAUGUGAUGAUUGUUGAUGAGCGCACUGUGCAGGAUAAGGUCGUGCGCGCCUUGUGCGAUGUCCCUGUGCGCGCUGUUGGUCCUUUGGCGUCUGGCUCUGCGCCUAAGGGAAAAGGCAAGUUCAAGGGACCAGAGGAGGAGUUGAAAGAAGCUCAGGCUGAGACUGCGCACCUGAGGGAGGAAAAUGCGCUUAUGCGCGCGUCCGCUUUGAAGAUGCGCCAGUAUGCGCACGCCCAGCAGGCGGACCUCCUGGCGCUGUCCAACAAACUUUUUUCUAUGUCCCAAGACUGGUCUGACUUUGAGGAGCGCGUCAAUGCCUCUCUUAACUAGAUGCUUUGUGUUUGUUUUCCUGAGCGCCAAUGCGCCUGUGCAA